AUUGAUAAAAAUAAAAUGAAUGUUAUUCAGACCCAUAAAAACACGUGUAAAAUUUGUUUUUUAAUUGCCACAAAAACCUACAUAGAUCAUGUUGUUGGAAGAAUAUGCUGCGAACCAUGUACAAAGGCUAUUAUAAAAGUGAGAAGCAGAUCUGUGUGUGCAGACCUACUGAAGCAGUUUGAUCAUUACAGAAGGAUGCCUCUACGCAGUCGUGCCAGCCACAUAUUUCUGCUCUUAUGUGCUCUUUCCUUAUGUUUGGAAUCUGUAAGAGGCGGCACCAGCUUCCUCAGUCCUGAUCAGAAACCACAGGGUCGAAGGCCACCACGGGUGGGCAGAAGAGAUGCUGCCGAGUCAGAGAUCCCAGUGAUUAAAGAGGAUGAUCAGUUUAUGAUGAGCGCUCCGUUCCAACUGUCUGUGUCUCUGAGUGAAGCAGAAUACGAGAAAUACGGUCCUGUCCUGCAGAAGGUUCUUGUGAAUCUUCUUAGUGAUUCUCCAUUUGAAUUCUGACAAGAUCUACAAAUCCUACAAAAAUCAACUCCUGAUAAAUCAUAAAAAUGAUUUACAGUUUAAAUCAAAUUCAAACACAUUGAUUUGACAAAAUAAAGGAUGACAAAGAAAUAACCUUCGGCCUAUGGUUUCUAUUU